AUGGGAUGCACUCAAGCCAAGCCCCAAAAACAUUCAGCUCAACCACAAUAGUAGCCUCCAACCAACCAGUUAGAAGAGCCUUCAUUGCCAGAUCAUCUCUAAAAUCCAAAAGAUAAGCUUUAGUUGGUUCUAAGCAAGAAAACUAUAGACUAUCUUGAGCAUAAGAGAACAAACUAUGAUAAAUUGAUUGAUAAUUUAGUGUAGUAAAUGAAGAUUUCAUAAAAGGAAUUUCCAGUUUACAAUGACAUUUUAGUUGACCAUUAUAAAACAGAUUUUGAGUAGAACAAUCCUGGGAAAGAACUUAUUCACUCAUCUAUUAAUUUUAUGACCCAAGAGUUCAAAUAAUUCAAUUAAUUGGAAUCUCACUUGGAAGAAUCAGAUAAGCAACUUUAACAGAAAACUUUUAAAUUUUUAAUUGACUUAUACUUCAUUUUCUCAACAAUGAAGUCUGAAGUAUAAUUAUUAAGUUAUUGGUCUGGUGACUAUAUGAAAAAAUAUGAAGAUCAGGAUCAUCAUGUAACUAUAUAAAAUGAUAAUACUAAUACUUAAAUUUCAAAUUUGAAUUAAAUUGAGUUAUAUUUGAAAUAAAGUAUUCAAAAGGCGAUCUAAAAUAUAUCAUAACGACAAAGAUAAUAGUAAAAUACAAUAUCAUCUUAGGCAACUCAUCAAGAUAAACAGUUCUCAUGA